AUGGCGGAAGUGGCGGAAGCAGAGUUCAACAUCGGUGCCAAGGGAAAGAAGCAAUUGGUGGACAACAAGAUGGAUUCGAUGUUCCGGGGCAGUAAGGUGGACAACUACUUCAAGGUCUCCCAACGCGGCUCAAAUCUCACCACAGAGAUCCGUGCUGGCAUCACCACGUUCUUGACGGCUGCCUACAUCAUGGCGGUGAACCCAAACAUCCUCAGCACCACGGGCCUGAAGUUCGAGGGCCUUGUCUUCGCCACGGCUGGCUCCAGCUGCAUUGC